AAACAAGAAAAAGAGAAAGAAGUAGAAUUAGAAGACAACAAUGGUGGAAAUUUCACCAGGUUUUCGAUUCUAUCCAACUGAAGAAGAGUUAAUAUCUUUCUAUUUGCACCACAAGUUAGAGGGAAAGAGGCCAGAGCUUGAUAGAGUAAUCCCAGUUGUCACCAUUUAUAGUCUUGACCCUUGGCAUCUACCAAACUUGCCUGGGGAGUCAUGCAUGGGUGAUACAGAGCAAUGGUUUUUCUUUGUGCCGAGGCAAGAAAGAGAAGCCAGAGGAGGGAGACCUUGUAGGACUACUACUUCUGGUUAUUGGAAAGCUACUGGUUCUCCUACUUAUGUUUACUCUUCAGAGAGUAAAGUGAUUGGGGUGAAGAAAAGUAUGGUAUUUUACAAAGGGAAAGCUCCUACUGGGAGAAAAACUAAGUGGAAGAUGAAUGAGUACAGAGCUAUUGAACAAGAAACUUCCACCUCUUCAAGUUUUUCUAUUCCUAAGUUAAGGCAUGAAAUGAGUUUAUGUCGAGUUUACGUCGUAUCAGGAAGUUUUCGAGCAUUUGAUCGACGACCAGUGGCAACAGUGACAAGAGAUACAGCAGCAGUUAAAAAUCAAGAAUUAGCAGCUGAUAGGGAUAAUAUUAGUUCUUCAAUUUCUGUUAAAAAUGAGAGCAAGUCCUACAACAUAGUGGAAAGUGAUUUUGAAAAUGUCAAUGGUUGGGAACAAAUUAACUGGUAAAAAAUCAUUGACUUCUUCAUUUUACAAGGGAUAGGAAAGAAACAAAAGGAAAAAAGAAUAAUAGGAUGACUUCAUUUGUGAAGUCAAACACGUGACUGUACCAUGUUGGUUUAAUGGAGUUUUUCCUCAAUCUAUUAAUUGUAUUUUUCUA